CGCACGCGCACUGGGGCGGGCGCGCGGCUCCCCGAGCGCAGCCGGCACCGUGACAGCGCCGAGCCGGAGCCCAGAUCGCUCCCGGGAGACACCCACCGAGCUUUGCGCUCUGGUGUCCUUGCACCUGGGGAAAGAGGAGGUGGCUCCUUCAUUCCUGGCAGGGACACCCCCGCUCCGCUGCCGCAGCCGCUCUCAAGUCCUCGCUGUCCACAGCUCACCCUCUCCAGACCUGCCCUGCCCGGCAGCGCUCGAAGCGGACCCUGUGCCCAGCCCGGCUGACGCUGCUCCCGCUGAUCCCGCGGCUCCAGCCCCGCUGGGCAGCCUCUGCCGAACAGAAUGUCUCAGUGGUAUCAACUACAGCAACUCGAUUCCAAGUUUCUGGAGCAAGUUCACCAGCUAUAUGAUGACAGCUUUCCUAUGGAGAUCAGGCAGUACCUGGCACAGUGGCUGGAAAACCAGGAUUGGGAACAUGCAGCCAACAAUGAAUCAUUUGCUAUACUCCUGUUCCAUGAGCUGCUGUCACAGCUUGAUGAUCAAUUCAGUAGAUUCUUGAUAGAAAACAACUUUUUGCUGCAGCACAACAUAAGGAAAAGCAAACGUAACCUUCAGGAUAACUUCCAAGAAGACCCAAUACACAUGGCAAUGAUCAUCCACAACUGUCUGAAAGAAGAGAGGAAAAUACUGAACUCUGCCCAGGCAUGCAAUGAGAUGGAAGUAGGGAGUGUACAGAACACUGCAGCUGGGAUGCCAGACAAGCAGAAGGAGCUUGAUGCCAAAGUUAGGGCUGUAAAAAGCAGUGUUACGGAUGUGGAGCAGGACAUCAAGACAUUAGAGGAUGUGCAAGAUGAAUACGACUUCAAAUGUAAAACCCUGCAGAACAGAGAACAUGAGUCCAAUAGUAUGUCUCAGGAGGAGUACAAGAAAGAGCAGCUGAAUCUCCAGCACAUGUUCUUAUCACUGGACCGCAAGAGAAAGGAGGUGGUGAAUAAGAUAGUGCAGCUGCUGCAGAGCACAGAGCACACACAGGCUGCCCUCAUUAAUGAAGAGCUGGUGGAGUGGAAGCACAGGCAGCAGACAGCAUGCAUUGGGGGGCCACCCAACGCCUGCCUUGACCAGCUGCAGAACUGGUUCACCAUUGUUGCUGAAAGUCUACAGCAAGUUCGUCAGCAGCUCAAGAAGCUUGAGGAACUGGAACAGAAGUUCACCUACGACCCUGAUCCCAUCACAAAAAAUAAACAACUUCUGCAGGACCGAACACACAAGCUUUUCCAGCAGCUCAUCCAAAGCUCCUUUGUGGUAGAGAGGCAGCCUUGCAUGCCAACACAUCCUCAGAGGCCACUAGUCCUGAAGACAGGAGUGCAGUUCACUGUGAAGCUGAGAUUGCUGGUGAGACUGCAGGAACUGAACUACAACUUGAAAGUGAAAGUUUUAUUUGACAAAGAUGUAACUGAGAAGAACUCGGUCAAAGGGUUCAGGAAAUUUAAUAUUUUGGGAACAAACACAAAAGUAAUGAACAUGGAAGAAUCUACUAAUGGAAGUCUAUCAGCAGAAUUCAGGCACUUGCAACUGAAAGAACAGAAAAACACGGGGAGCAGAACAAAUGAGGGUCCUCUGAUUGUGACAGAAGAGCUUCAUUCUCUGAGUUUUGAGACACAGUUGUGCCAGCCUGGUUUAGUAAUAGACCUAGAGACCACAUCCCUUCCCAUUGUUGUGAUCUCAAAUGUGAGCCAGCUUCCCAGUGGAUGGGCUUCUAUCUUGUGGUUCAACAUGCUGUCUACUGAUCCCAAGAACCUGUCCUUCUUUCUGAAUCCACCUUGUGCAAAGUGGUCUAAGCUUUCUGAUGUUCUGAGUUGGCAGUUUUCUUCUGUAACAAAGAGAGGACUUAAUGCAGACCAGCUGAGCAUGCUGGGGGAGAAGCUUCUUGGGCCAACAAUUGGAGGAUCUCAGGAUGGCCUUAUUCCUUGGACAAGAUUCUGCAAGGAAAAUAUAAAUGAUAAAAAUUUCCCCUUUUGGCUGUGGAUUGAGGGAAUCCUGGAGCUUAUUAAGAAACAUCUCCUGUGUCUCUGGAAUGAUGGCUGCAUUGUGGGCUUCAUCAGCAAAGAGAGAGAACGUGCUCUGCUGAAGGACCAGAGCCCAGGAACAUUUUUAUUGAGGUUCAGUGAAAGCAGCAGGGAGGGAGCAAUCACCUUUACCUGGGUAGAGGAGUCUCAGAAUGCAGAGCCCCAGUUCCACUCGGUGGAGCCCUACACCAAGAAGGAGCUCUCAGCCGUGACCUUCCCUGACAUCAUCCGCAACUACAAAGUGAUGGCAGCCGAAAACAUCCCCGAGAACCCUCUGAGGUUCCUGUACCCCAACAUCCCCAAGGACAAUGCCUUUGGCAAGUACUACUCCAGGCCCAAGGAGGCACCAGAGCCAAUGGAUUUGGAUGGUCCCAAGGGAACUGGCUACAUCAAGACCGAGUUAAUCUCUGUAUCUGAAGUGCACCCCUCCAGGCUGCAGUCUCCAGAAAACCUGCUGCCCAUGUCUCCCGAGGAGUUUGAUGAGGUGUCUCGCAUGGUGGGCCCCGCAGAGAUCGAUACUGUGAUGUGCACACACAUCCAGCUCUGAGCUUUGGCUGAGCUUUCCCUGUGUCAUUAGCAAGGCCCAUCCGCUUCACGCCUCCUGUGCUGCAUCAGUGCCUUGGGGACAGCGCUCCCCUUCCUUGGUUCCUCAGCCUCAAGGUCCUGCAGCAGUUUUAGCUGAUGGCAAUACCAAUAGCAGCAGCCUGAGCAGCCUCCCUACAAGCAUAUCUUUGUUUAAUUAGCAAGAUACCGUGCACAUCUUUGUUUAAUUAGCAAGAUACUGUGCCAGAGUGGAGGAAGAGGAAGGUGAGAUUGUGAGCUCCUCAAUGACAGUGAUGGCAGAAACAUGCAUUCAUUGUUUGAAGAAAUUAGCUAUAAGUUUAAAACAGUUAACUGUACAUAGAAGGCUUUAAAGAAAGCCUGUUUUUCUUUACUGUGCCUGAUCUGCCCAAGGUGAGGAUCUGGUCACCCCCAUUUCCUGCAAUAAUACAGAGCCCCCGUAGGUUAUAACAGGUGGAAUGGAACUCAGUUUUCUCAUGCAUCAUGAACCAGGGCAUUUAUUUAACUGUUAAUUUGAAUAGCUAAAACACUUUACAGGUUUUGGUAAUGAAGUGGUUUUGUAAUUAGGGGUAAGGCACAGGAAAGUGAAAAGAAGUUAAAGUUGAUCCAGAGCAAUGGCUGCAGGAUAUGCAGUCUGCAGUACCUAAAGCACGGAGCUGUGCUUCCACCAGAGGAGGAACAGGUUGGUUUCUCAGCACGUUAAAGGCAAUGAACAGCUCUCAGUUGAGGCAGCUGUGUCUCCCUGAGGGGCCCUGUCAGUGCAGCUGCUCAUCAGCAGGAGCCGAGCAGAGGGGCUGCAGCCCUGUCCAGGCACAGGGACACUGCAGGCCCUGCCUGAGCAGGGCUGGGACAGGGGCACCUCCAGAGGCCCCUCACACCCAUCAGCUGCUGCUCGGGAACAACAGGGCUGCUUCACUGUGGUGUGCUGUGCCCAAGACAUCUGAUGUGCCCCCUGAAAAAGCUUCCUAGAAAAACUAAAGGACCUAGAGCAUGUAACACGUGUAUUUAAAUGAAAGCAUUGCAAACUGACUUAUUUUUGGUGCCCUGAGUUACUGGGAUUAACAGUGCUACAGGAAAUGACUUAAUGCUUUUAUCUUACUGUAACAGCUGGAUGUGUAUCUGUUGCUAAUACAAAAAUCAAGUUGUUUUUUGAGCUGUGCUUUGUAUUCAUGUUCUACAAACCAUGUAUUCUUCAGUUUUGUGGGACUUAAAGCCGUGGCCUUAUUCACAGCUUGGUCUUUCCAUAGCCAGUAGUUCUAGAAGCAGUGAGUUUUCCUCAAUGGAAUAUUCUUUUAUAGAUUUUAAAUAAAAGGAACUCUCAGUUGUCACUUUUGUCCUUUCUCAUGUUUUGGCUACGUCUAUGAUAAAGUGGAUGUGCCAGUCUGUAUUUUACUACUCUGUAUCUCAUUUUAAACUUGUUUGUGCAACUAAAGAGUUACAGCUCUGAAGCCUGAGGCUGUACCCAUGCUUUUAAUUCUCUGCAUUGUGGCAGGCCUGUCUGCACUGCAGUUGUUAGAAGGUGGCUGUUACCUUUUUUUAUUACUGGUUGUAUCCCGUCAUUCAUUUGUUUCCAUCCCCACACAACCUUCAAUAAACUGAACCUGAAUUUCUAACUUGA